UAAGAGGGAUGCAAAGGAAUAUUUAAACCAACUUUAUUAGACAGUCAAUGUGACAAUUAUUACUUUUUCAGAAUGAUGGUAGACCCUGUAAGACCACUUUAAUAGAGCACUGGCAAUUGUUAUAAUUGAUUGCUAACAGAGUAUAAGCGGUUAAAAAAAAAGUUACAUACAUUUUUAUUACAACCCAAAGCUGAAACGCAUGUACCUGACAUAUUUAGCUUUCUGGAUUUUAAAGUAAGCUCAGUAUUACCCGUUAGUCCCCGCCCCUCCACCGUUGGCAAAAACUUGCAAGACACGACUCGACUGUGUGAAUUUUUGCUGCUUUUCUACUACAGUGAAACAUACUUAACUUCUAUUAAAAGUCCGAACUUUAAAGAAGGUAGGCAUAUCUGUAUAUGUAUGUCUGUUGUGGGAAAUAUAUCCUAUUCUGCAGUGAUGUGAGCGGCUCUGUUUGUCAUCCCCGGACACUUCCCGCUAUUUUGUAGCUCCACCAGCUAAGCUAACCAAGCUAGCUGUAGCUUGGUACUAUUCAGCGUACGGGGAAGAAGCCGCCCAACUUCAGACCAGACAGCGGUAGGAGUCCACUUCCUCUAAAGCUAGAUUGAAAUCGUAACGGCUCGAGGAUAAAGGGGACAGAAAGAUAUUUGCUGGAAAACAGAAUCAGCUUAAGUUUUUAAACCAGUAAACAUUAGCUGGGUGGCUAAAGAUAAAGCAGAGCACACUGUUUGGGGGGCGACGCUACGCAGACCACCGCCAAGGCACAGAGUGGGUAUAAAUCCCAAGGAGGUGAAACUUGUAUUGUAGUCCCUUCUUCUUGGUGAAUUUGGGGUCGAAAGUCAAUUGUGUUUUUAAGAGUAUUGCCGUCUCCUUUUAGCGCUAGUGAGUUGUGUUGAUCACAGCUGCCCUCGGAAGUCUUGUAACGCUGUAAACCUUAGCCAGGAUUUCCGGCUCCUUUCCAUUUGCCCUAUGCUGUUUUGUUUCCGUUUAUUCUAUUUCCGUUUUAAAAGUUUUGUACGUGCAGAGAUAUAAUGUGGUUUAAUGAACGUACGCUAAAGUCAUGAAGUGCACGGCAUUUUAAGGAUAUUUUAACACUUGUUUAGCAUGCGCGUACCUACGGUUGUGUAUUGCACUCGCCUCGCCUCACACGGCUAUUUGGAGCUAACUUGUUUUAACGUAGGCCAGGCAAACUUAGCGGCCACACGUGUUGCCUUGCGGAUGAAUACUUGUCGUGUGUGGUUUUUAACGUCAAUAAUAUAAACGUAUAAUUCUGUUUAAUUACUAUCUCUUUCCACUAAUGGCCUAUCAGUUGGCCUUUAAAAGCCAAAGCCUCGCCCUCGAGUCGGCUAAUGUUAGCAGUCAGUGAACUGUCCCAGACGGCCAAUGAGGAGUCGAGGCUGAGAGGCCUUUAUAUGGGGGGGAGCGACUUUCUCUGUUUAUAUUGACAUCGUGAUAUAUCAUGGCAGAUUAAAAAAAUGUGUAAAAUAUUAAUCACUGUUAUUUUUCGCUUUUUUGUAUGGGCUAAGAGCCUGCUCCUAAAUGCAGAGUGAUCCAGUAAACAGAUACAUUUUUCUGCUGUGUUGUGAAAUGUUUAAAGCUUUCACUGUACAGCCUUUCUGGUUUUCAGAGGUGGUUCCUUUAACCUAAAAUGGAAGCAUGAAACAUAUGGGGGGGGAAACCCCCAGCAACGUUUGUGUCUUAAAUGUGUUAGUCUUAUUUAUUUGAAUAAGUGCCCUGCAGUCUACAUGUACCAUUAAAAAUAUGAUUUAUGAUUUUCACCGUGUCAUGUUAAUUUUCUAGAAUGGAAUUUUUUUUUGUGACUUUGUAAUGAGUGGGUGUUAAACUUCCUGUCACUGUUGUCCCAAAGCUAUUUCCGAAACAGAAUGGCUAAAAGUGAGGCAGAAGAGAUGAUAGAAAUAGAGAUAGACGAACGGGAGAAACAAGCCUGCUUGGAGGAAGGUGUAGAGGAGCAUACCAUCACUGCUUCUGAUUUGAUUCAACAAGAUAUCGACAUCAAUGAGCCGAUUGGGAAUUUGAAGAAGCUCCUGGAGCCUCGCGUCCAAAUCUCUCUGGAUACAUUUGAGAUCUGCUUACAAGACAUUCAGCUCCACCCGGACCACAGCCUUUUCGAUCAGGGGGUAAAAACAGACGGGACAGUGCAGCUCAGCCUGCAGAUUAUAGCCAAACCAGGAGAGGAGAAGUUGAACAUUUUGGAAAUUGUGAAGCCGGUGGAAACGGUAGAGGUGGUGAUCGAUCCAGAUGCAGCAGGAGAGGAGGGGGCUCUGGUGGAGGAGGGCCAGCUCAUCGCCGUGGAGCGCUCCGCUCUGUCCGAUGAGACCUCGGAGCAGGUUACACGUUGGGCUGCGGCUCUGGAAGGCUACCGCAAGGAGCAGGUUCGCCUGGGCAUUCCAUAUGACCCUCUGCUCUGGACAGCUGAUCAGGUGAUCCACUGGGCGGUGUGGGUCAUGAAGGAGUUCAACAUCGAUGAGAUGGAAAUCGGGAGCAUUCACAUCCCGGGCAGAGACCUCUGUGGUUUCAGCCAGGAAGAGUUUCUUCACAAAGUGCCCAAUGGAGAGAUACUGUGGAGUCACCUGGAGCUCCUGCGCAAAUAUGUGCUGGCCAGCCAGGACCAGAGCGGAGGCGACGCCACCGUCACCAUUGAUCAGCCUGUACAGAUAAUUCCAGCUCAGGUGAGCACACCCACUGCGAUUAAGGUCCUGAAGCAGAGCCGUGGCCCCAGGACACCCCGCAUCUCUGGAGAGGAGCGCAGUUCGCCCGGCAACCGCACAGGCAACAAUGGUCAGAUCCAGCUGUGGCAGUUUCUGCUGGAGCUGCUGACGGACAAGGACGCGCGGGACUGCAUCUCCUGGGUGGGCGAAGAGGGGGAGUUCAAACUCAACCAGCCGGAGCUCGUGGCGCAGAAAUGGGGCCAGCGAAAGAACAAACCCACCAUGAAUUAUGAGAAACUCAGCCGAGCCCUCAGGUAUUACUACGACGGAGACAUGAUCAGCAAGGUUCAGGGCAAGCGCUUCGUCUACAAGUUUGUGUGCGACCUGCGGACUCUGAUCGGCUACAGCGCGGCGGAGCUCAACGGCCUGGUGACCGAGUGUGAGCAGAAGAAACUGGCUCGCAUGCAGAUGCACGGAAUCGGGCAGCCCAUCACUACAGUGACGCUGGCCACCGCCGCCACACUAGAUAAGGACAGCUGAAGGAGGUCACUGCUGGUGGGAAAAUCAUGAGGCCGUCAGGCACAACGAUGCAAGGCCUGAUCCCCGAUCAGGGGGGAUCAACA